AUGGGCUUAAAUGCGAUAAGGUUUUGCAAGAGAAUGACAGAGGAAAGAGAUGAGGAGGUUUCACGCUCACCCAACAACUUCCGUGCAAAAAUAAAGGAAAUCAAGUGGGCUUCCCUGGCUAAAACGGGCAAGCAGUGGCUAAGAAACCCGCUCAACAUGGCUCUCUUCCUGUGGAUCCUCGUGGUCGCCGUCUCCGGCGCCAUUCUCUUCAUGGUCAUGACCGGUAUGCUGAACGCCCUCCUCCCCAACAAGUCUCAGAGAGACGUCUGGUUCGAAGUCAACAACCAGAUCCUCAACGCCUUGUUCACUCUCAUGUGUCUGUACCAACACCCGAAACGGUUUUACCACCUCGUGCUUCUCUCUAGAUGGAAGCAGCCAGACGACGUCACAGCGCUCAGGAAGGUUUACUGCGAGAAGGGGACUCAAAAGCCAAACGAGUGGACCCACAUGAUGGUUGUCGUUCUCUUGCUUCACUUGAACUGUUUCGCUCAGUACGCGCUCUGCGGUCUUAACCUAGGGUUUAGAAGAUCCGAGAGACCUCCCGUUGGUGUGGCUAUAUGCGUCUCUGUUGCGAUAGCUGCUCCCGCGGCUGCUGGUUUGUACACUAUCCUUAGCCCGCUUGGGAAAGAGUAUGAUCAUCCUCCUCAAGGAGACGAGGAGAAUCAAGUGAAGCUAUCUCUUGAAAGGAGAUAUUCAUUUGCUUCAAGAGAUGAUGAUAGUCCUGAAUGGAGAGGUGGAGUUCUUGAUAUAUGGGAAGAUCUCACAGUGUCUUACCUCUCUCUGCUAUGUACUUUCUGCGUGUUUGGUUGGAACAUGGAGAGGAUUGGGUUCGGGAACAUGUAUGUUCACAUUGCGACUUUUAUACUCUUCUGUCUGGCUCCUUUCUUUAUAUUCAACCUGGCUGCUAUAAACAUCGAUAACGAGAUGGUUAGGGAAGGGCUUGGAUACGCUGGGAUCGUGCUUUGCUUGUUUGGUUUGCUCUACGGUUGGUUUUGGAGGAUACAGAUGAGGAAGAGGUUUAGGUUGCCGAGUUAUAACUUCUGUUGCGGGAGGCCUGCGGUUGCUGAUUGUACGCUUUGGCUGUUCUGUUGCUGGUGCUCUUUGGCUCAAGAAGUCAGGACUGCUAGUUUUUAUGAGAUUGUGGAAGAUAGACUGUGUAAAAGACGAGAAGAGGUUAUCAAGGUUGAUGAUGAAGAUGGUGUGAUGGAUCCGAGUUGCUUGGGUGAGAAGAUGAAGACAACAACUAUGGCUAGCUCUUCUCUUAGGCAGAGUACACUGAAAGGUGAUGAAGCUCUAAGUCCACCUUCUCCUCCGUUCAUACACAGGGAAGCUACUUAGAGAUUUUUUUUUUUUGGUUUUGACUUUUGAGGAAUAUAGAAAGCAUGUAAAACCUGGUUUUAUGAUGAUGGAUACGUUUAUACGGUUCAUGCAUAUCUUUAACUUUUCAAUGGAAUUUAAGUUUUAAUA